CUGUCCGUGGUCUGGACCCUGGACAUAGUCAGCGCCUGCGCACACAGUAGAUUGUUGCGUGUCAUGUUGAUCAACGCUAAAACUGGCUAGUCAACAUGUCCACCUCUGCUGCUCAGCAAUACAAUAACGCAGAGCCCGGGCUUCACGGCUCUUGGGUAGAGCUGGAGCUGAAUGGGAACACGGGGACCCAGGGCUUGCAGCCCGACCUGCUAAUGACACCCGCUGCUGACCAAAUAAACGCAAAUGCUGGCGUGAGUCAAACUCUGCAGACCUUGGAAGUGGUGCCUGAGAAUGAUGAGACCCUUAUUGGGGGAUUAGAGCAUGUGCCGUCAUCCUCCUCCAUCCACAACGGAGACAUGGAAAAGAUCCUCCUGGACGCACAGCAUGAAUCUAGCCCAAGUAGCUCCUCCUGUGAUAGUCCUCACAGGCCACCAAGUCCAGAUCAGGAUGAAGGUCAGAUAACUUUUGAUGUGGAGAUGUCCAGCCCAAGAGAUAGUCAGUCAGAGGAAGAUGGUGCGGAGAAGGACAGAGAGGAAGACAUCCUAAUGAAGACAGAAGUAGACUGGGUCUCUGACUGGUCCAGCAGACCAGAAAACAUUCCACCAAAAGAGUUCCACUUCAGGCAUCCCCGACGUUCAGUAUCUCUCAGUAUGAGAAAGAGUGGAGUCAUGAAGAAAGGUGGCAUCUUCUCUGCUGAAUUCCUCAAAGUCUUCCUCCCUUCCUUACUCAUCUCACACAUCCUCGCUCUUGGCCUCGGGGUGUACAUCGGGAAGAGAAUUGCCACAGCCUCCACCAGCUCUUACUGAAUAGAGGAAGAAGCAGUGCCUGGAUGUUUUCCUGUCUCCACGUCUCUCCACCAUCCUCCUGUAGUCGAGAUGUCUCUCUGCAUCUAUUGUACGCUCACAUUUCCCUUCCAGUCAGCAUCCAAUUGUGUCCCAUUGUAGAUGUUAGGUAUAAAGGUGUACACAUUACGUAAUGUGGUUGCACUACAUCACAUUUUGACACCGAGCAACAUUGUAUCUGUAGCAGUUGUCACUAACUUGAAUCCAGUAGAUAACAGAUGCUGUUUCUGAAUUUGAUGUCAGAUGGCUUCAGGGUUUUGGAUUUUUUCUGAAAUUUCUCAACUUGUUUUGAUGUUAUGACAUGAGAAAUCUGGCCCUCUCCUAGGAAUGAAUGAACCAAAAAUAUGCGCCAUAUCUGCAAUACAAACUAACUGAAUUGGCUCUGGGAACAGAAGGGACUUUUAUCGCCUUAACUUUUUGAGCUUAACAUUCAAGGUGCAGUAAACUGGCAGGUGGGCAACAAUGAUGCUGCACAAGUGGGAUUUGUUUUUAAAUUCCACACAUUUUUGAGGGUAGAACUUGAAUCAUGUUGACUCCUGAGGGUUUCAUUUAAAAGCUUUGUUUUUUGUUUUGUUUUUUUAAGGUGGAAAGCUUAAACAUUGAUGUAGUAUGUAGCUCCAACAUUUUACAGUGGGGUUGUUUGAGGAUACUAUGAUUAUGGAACAGAGGCCGGAUGGCAUUUUACCAGGCCAUAUGCUAUUUUUAUUUCUUUUUGCCUACAUAUCUUCUUCUUUAACACAUAAUAUAGCAGCAAUGGCAAAGUGCCAAAUUUUAUUUUUCACCACUGCACAUUGGUGAUUUAUCUUAGACUGUUUUUUGGUUUUCUUAUAUGUUUAGUUAUUUAAAGAUGUAGAUGUAAAAAAUUAUUAAAGCUGUGAUCUGCCCCAUGUAAUAGACACCUCUUGACAUUGUACAAUUUGUUUAUACAUUGGUAUUAAUGCAUAUUAUGCAUGCUUAUGAAUUGUUGCAGAGUAAGUAAUGUGUUUUUGCUGUUGUUUAAUUGCUGAAGGGUCAGUUGCAGAAACCACGGCAGAGGAAGGUAUUUCUAGGGGCCUCAUUUAAGAGUGUUAUCUGACUUAUAUCUAGAUUUCACUUUGCAAUCAUUUCACAUAGUUGAUACAAUUAACAGCGUACAUUGUGUGUAGAACUUCCAUAAAAUGACAUAAGAAGCAUUUCCUGAAGAAAAUGCAUGUGAUUUCUGUAUAUUGAUGCUGAUUGGAUGACUGGAUUACUCUUCUGUCAGUGUUUGUUAAUGGAUGGCAUUACAAUCAUAUGAGAAAUCAUUGGCCAUAAUGUACAAUAUUUGCUGUAGUGACAGUAUUGGCUGUAGUGACAGUAUUCGUUUUCAAGCUCUCAACAUGCAUUUAGGCUUUAAUACAUUACAUAACUUAUACUAACUCAUAAACUGUACAUGCCAUCAUAACAGGCUUAUGUACAGUUGAUCAGUGUGCAAUACAGAUCGUUUUGGAAUUUGAAUAAAGUUUGUACUGUAUACAGUGGCUGAGAUAUAAAUACCAAGGAAGUGAAUAGAGCUCCAUAGACCUUAAUGCAUUAUUUAAGCCAUAAUAACUAAGAAAAUGAACAUAUCAUUAUGGGCUUCUUAGUGAGCAGCAAGUUAAUUAAUUUACAUUUCAUAAACAAGAAUAUAAUAAUAAGUUUGAAAGAGAAUAGACAGAAUUAUUUCAUGUCUGGAUAGGUUUUCAAAUAGGAUAAAUCAUACAGGCCAUCAGCCCUCUCUGUCCCUUGCCUGGCAAAUUCAGUUGUCACCACUCCUAUAUCCUCUGCUAAAUCCACGUCCUUCCCUUCUGAAUUGGGUAAGGUUUAAACUCCUCUUCCAACUUAAUAUCCCUUAACUUCUGUGAUAACCUAGCUACGUUAACAGAACACAAUCAGUAAAAAAUGAAUUCUUAUUUGUGUUAUUAGCUAAAUCAUUUUAAAAAAGCUUCAAAAUAUCCUCAUGCAUGUGUAACCCUUUUCAAAUCCAGGGAAGAUUCACUAAGAGCAAUGCUCUUUUU